AUGGAAUUUGUAAAUGGUGUGGAGCUCCAUGAGCUCAGGCCUGCAGAACAGGGCAUUGAAAACACAACAUUCCGGGAUGAGGAAGAGGAAGCCCGGGUCCGUGUCAUUAGUUCUGGGAUAGUGAAUCAACGUUUUAAAGUACACAACGGAGAGCAAACCUGUCCUCAGUUUUCUCAAGGGGACGCUUCUUCUUCUCACUCAGAAGAAGGACUAGAACCAGAGUGUGAAGAGCAUUCUGUGAAUUAUGGAUUCAUUGUGGCCUUGGUCUUUUUGGUAAGCGGAAUUGCUUUAGUUGUCAUUGCCUAUGCAAUACCAAGAGAAGUUCGAGUCGAUCCAGAUCUAGUGACAGCACGCCAGAUGGAAAAACUUGAGAUAUACUAUUCACGGCUUGGCUCUCAUCUUGAUAAGUGCAUUAUCGUGGGACUUGGACUGCUUACUCUUGGUGGCAUGCUGUUGUCUAUUCUGCUAAUGGUUUCUGUAUGCAAAGGUGAACUUUAUCACCGCAGGAGUUUUGCAGUCCUAAGGAGACCUAUGAAAUCGUAUGGCUCCAUAAGCAUGAGGAUGGGGCAGCUAGCUACCACAGACAGAAGAGAAACUCUUGUGGAAUGUGAAAUGAGUAUGGACAGUGAACAAAACACCUGCAACAAACUUAGUAGCACAAGUGACAACAUUUGUAACUGAAUUCCAAAUGGUUCCUUAUUUAAGUAAAGUAUGCAAGAACCUUUAUAAUAUAAUGGAAAAUAAA